AUGUCUUCUACUACUUCUACAACUGUCUUCGUAUCUGGUGCCACCGGUUUUAUUGCUCAACAUGUUGUCAAACAAUUACUUGAAAAAGGCUAUUCAGUUGUUGGUUCUGUGAGAUCUGCUGCCAAAGGUGAAUCUUUAAAGAAGUUAACCAAAUCAGAUAAAUUUUCUUAUGAAGUCGUUCCUGAACUUUCUGAUGAGGGUGCAUUUGACCAAGCUUUAAAGAACCAUCCAGAAGUCACUGUGUUCUUACAUACUGCUUCUCCUUUCACUUUCAAUGUUACGGAUAUCGAAAAGGAAUUAUUGCAACCUGCUAUCCAAGGUACAAAGAAUGUCCUCACUGCUAUUAGUAAAUAUGGGCCACAAAUCAAACGAGUAGUUGUUACUUCCUCAAUCGCUGCUAUGUUUUCAUGGGCCGAGGGUUACAACAAACAAAGAGUCCAUACUGAGGAAGAUUGGAAUCCAAUUACUUAUCAAGAAAGCUUACAGAAUCCUUUCAAUGGUUAUGUUGGUUCUAAAAAGUUUGCCGAAUUAUCUGCGUGGGAAUUCGUUAAGGAAAACAAGCCAAAUUUUAAAAUUUCAUUUAUUCAUCCUGUUUAUGUCUUUGGUCCUCAAGCCUAUGAAAUUAAGGAUAAAUCUCAGUUGAACGUGUCUGCAGAGGUCAUUAAUGCCGUUACCAAAUUAGGUCCAAAUGACCAGGUUCCAGAAGUAGCAGGUUUAUUUAUUGAUGUUAGAGAUGUUGCAAGAGCUCAUAUUUUCGGAUUUGAAAGCGAUGAGGCAAUCAACAAGAGAUUAUUACUAUCUGAAGGUUCAUUUUCAAGUGAACGUAUUGCUCAAUUAAUUCGUAAAAAUUUCCCAAAGUCUAAUGUUCCAGAAGGUGAUUUAAGUAAGGAACCUGAACAAUUUAAAAAACAUUUGUUCAAUGUUGACAAUACUCAAACUAGAAAUCUUCUUGCUUUUAAAUUCAUUGGUCUUGAGCAAUCUAUUGUUGACACGGUUAAACAAAUCUACGAUAGCUAG